AUGAGCAGUCCCACCACCGGCCGCCAGCGCGGUGCUGCCUCCAAAGCGCCCCGGAAAACACCUCGCAAUCCCACCGACGUUAGUCGCAGUGACAAAGAGAAGCGUCCGCGCGCGUCUAGCGGCGCUACCCCACGAGCAAACACUCACAAGCGCGCGCGAUCUGGAGCGACUUCUACCCUUGACGACGAUGACGAUGAUGACGACGACUUCGAUUCAGAGCACGACAGGAAAGUCAAGAAAGGUCGCGUGAGAUUCAACGAAAACGGUUUCUUUCCUGAAGGUGACAAGAGCAUGCGCUACUUUGGACCUGGGUUCACGGAUCUAUACUCGCCGUCCGUAUCGCAUCAACUCAUCCAUACCGGAUUGCACAAGAAAAUGCCGCCCCGCGAUGUACUGCAGAGGCCUUUCCAUCCACUGCACAGUGUUGUAACCCCCUCACAAUUCGAUCUAUCCGUCUUCACUAUCCCGUUGACCGCGUUGGAGAUUCUUACGUUCUUUCCCCUUCAUGCGCAGAUUCCCGAAGUACAAUCCCGAUUUGCACAGAGCGGAAUCACACCAAAAGUCCAGGCUUGGAUCAUCAAUCGUCAGCACCUUCUCCAGGGUCUGGACUGUCUCUUCGGUAUGGACGCACGCACCUGGGUAAAAGACUGGAAAAAGAAGAAGGGAGUGACAAAGCCUGUCAAAGGAGCUCCACCGCAGCCACCGCAGCCGAUCAUCCACACGACCGGUCACUACACAUACACACCCGGUGUGAACCGACACACGGGCUUCGACAUCGCCAAGAUACCAUACGCGCUUAUCGAUUGCGCCGAGGGUGUUCAUCCUUGCAAUUUCCCCCAGGGUCUUGACCGCGGUCCCUUUACCGAAGCCCUCAUUCAAGCUCAGCUCAUGAUUUACUCGAAGCUUAUGCUGGCUGAUCUAGAUGCGUUCAUUGCGUAUUGGCUUAUCGAUCGGAAUCUGCAGGCCGGCUACAGCGAUGCGGGUUUCUUGAAGAGGUAUGUGGCGUUGCAUAAGGAGUAUCGGGCUAUGGUCAGGAAGGAUGUAGAGGCUCACGGCUAUAGGUGGGAGGACUGA